GCAGUUGGCAUCAUUAAACCGUUAACCGUCGAACAGUCUACAGCCUAGAGUGUGCGGAACGUGUGGACUAGUGAUCAAUAAUAAACCCCCUCGAUAAAUCACGGGAUCAGUUCUCGCCCAGUUCUCGAGUCGCGUGCCACAAGACCUGGGAAAACGGAUUUUCAUUCCCGUCCAUCGAAGGAUAAACGCAGCAGCAUGAAGUUGAUGCGCACAGCGACAUCGCUGGCUUUGGUCCUGCUCCUGGCCACCAGCUACGCCAGAGCUGAGGACGAGAAGGCCGCCGCUCCCGCCGAGGAGAAGAAGGCCGAGCCGGAGGCCAAGGGAGCCGAGGCAGCGGCCAGCGAGGACACCACCAAGUCGAAACGCGGCCUGCACCACUACGAGGACUACCACCACCACCACGUGCCCCACUUCCCGGUGCACGAGGAGAAGACACUGACGGUGAUCAAGAAGGUGCCCGUGCCCGUGCCCAUCGAGAAGAUCGUGCACGUGCCGGUGGAGAAGCAUAUCCAUGUGCCCGUUAAGGUCAAGGUGCCCAAGCCCUAUCCCGUGAUCAAGCACAUUCCCUACGAGGUCAAGGAGAUCGUGAAGGUGCCCUACGAGGUGCCAGCGCCCUAUCCCGUGGAGAAGCAGGUUCAUGUGCCCGUCCACGUGCACUACGAUCGCCCAGUGCCAGUUAAGGUUCAUGUGCCCGCUCCUUAUCCAGUUGAAAAGAAAGUCCAUGUGCCCGUGAAGGUUCAUGUGCCCGCUCCCUAUCCCGUCGAGAAGAUUGUCCACUAUAAUGUGGAGAAGCAUGUGCAUGUGGACAAACCAUAUCCCGUGGAGAAGGUGGUCCACUAUCCCGUGAAGGUGCCCGUCGACAAGCCAGUGCCCCACUACAUUGACAAGCCAGUGCCCCACUAUGUGGACAAACCGGUGCCAGUGCCCGUGAUCAAGAAGGUGCCCGUGCCCGUCCAUGUGCCCUAUGACCGCCCCGUGCCCGUUCAUGUGGAGAAGCCAGUGCCGUAUGAGGUCAAGGUCCAUGUGCCCGCCCCCUAUCCGGUGAUCAAGGAAGUGCCCGUCAAGGUGGAGAAACACGUGCCCUAUCCCGUCAAGAUCCCCGUGGAGAAGCCCGUCCAUGUUCACAUCGAAAAGCACGUGCCGGAGUACCAUGAGAAGCACGUCACCUACAAGGAGCCCGAGUUCCACCACAAGCACAUCGAGGAGGACCACCACCACGCCCCCAUCCAUCACCACUCGCAUCACUCGCAUCCCAUUGUGGAGCAUGAGCACGAGGUGGAGCAUGAUUUUGCCUCUCAUGAUUAUCAUUCAUAUCACGGCUACUAAAUCGCUGAAUCGUCCUCUUCUCUCUUUCUCUUUCUCUCCUCUUCUUUCGCUUUUCUUUACAGCAUUGAGAAUGAACUGGGAUGGCAAGCUAAGACACUUCCAUUACCACAAUUUCCCAUGAAAAUAGAAAAACCGAAGCCCACACACACACACACACAUUACUGAACCAUUCCAUAUCAUGAACCAUGAACCACAUACCCAAACACACUUUGCUAUGCAGAACGUGAUAACCGACAGAGAUUCAGAGAAAUCAGAAAACACGACGAUUAACAGACGAAACUUAGCUUUUAGACCGAACUCUCUUCUAGCCCUAAGCCAUAAACAAAUCAAAACAAAAAAAAAAAGAAACGCAGAACUCAAAAGGAUACGAUUGAACAAAAACGUUGACGAAACCCGUGAGCACUGUGAAUGAGUGUAUUGUAAAGGAACCUUAGUUUUAGACUUUUAAGCGACACAUUUGGGCCGCACAGCCCACACAACAACCGAAAGAACACCAAAAACCCACGUCCCGCCCCUCCAAGACCUCCAACACUCGAUCGGAUACAGACAUACAGUUGCCAAAAUCCAGGAUACCAGGAUACGAUAGGAUAUCAGGAUAUCAGGAUAACCGGCUUGCUGUACUGCGACGACGAUGUGGAUCCUUGGAUGGACGGAAGCGACACCACCUGGGUGCAUCAUCGAUGUGGUUGCUGCUGCUGUUUUGUCCUCCAGCCGCGGCUCCUCCCUCUUCUGCUCUGGUCCACCCCGACUCGUGCACCCGGUCCGGUUCCCAAAUGAGAUCAAUGUAACCCGAUCCCGAUCCCAAAAGUGGGAUUAGGAAUCCAUCAGGAUACAGAUCCAGUUGUGUGCAGCGUCCCAGCGUUGUGAGCGUGUGAUAAGACUUCUGAUAGCGUUUAAGCCUGUGCGAUAUUCAAGAUAUAGGGAGACGCCUAUUUAAGUCAGUUUGUAAACGAUAAACGAACAUGUAUUGUAUUAGUUUUUGUAAUAUUCUUCGCUACCUAGUUUGUAAAAUACGUCUAUUGUAAUGUUGCUUGUUCGCAUAAGCAGACGAAACGGAUUUAUAAAAAGUACUUAAUUUACCAAAUAUUUUCUGACUCUGUGUAAAAAAGUUAACAACAAAAAAAUCUCAUACAAAAUGAAGCUGAUGAAUGAUACACAAUUAAAUAAAUGAAAAACCAAGUGAUCAAAACGAA